AAUAUUAUAUUAUUGUGACUAGUGCAUGUUUUUCCAAUGUCUUUCCAAUGUUUCAGCUUUGAUCAGCACACGUUUCCCUACCUGAUGCAGUGUAUCCGUGAAUCCCUCCGUCUACAUGCCAUGCUCAUGCCAGCCAGGGGCCUGAUCGAGCCGCUAGUCAUCGAGGGCGUGACCAUCCCUCCCAAAACAGGCAUCAUGAUCGACUUCUACCAACUCCACCACAAUCCCGACAUCUGGGGCGAAGAUCACAUGGAGUAUCGUCCCGAGCGCUUUGACCAGGGAAACGUAGCCCAGCGCGAACCGCUGGCAUUUCUUCCGUUUUCCGUAGGUCCCCACCAGUGCAUCGGACAGCGCAUCGCCAUGCAGGAACUCGAGAUUAUCGGCAUUCGGGUUCUAAGGCGAUUUAGUCUAGGUCUUGUCAAGGAAGCUAAGACGAAGUUCCGCAUUGUCGGUAAACCAGCUAGUGAAGUACUUUUGACUAUUAAACAUAGACAGAAUUCUUCGAAUUUGUAGUCACUUAUAGGGUUUAGACUUACCUCCUAUAUAAAAAUGAUAAAAACUGAAAGGUGUAUGCCUUUAGGGCAGACGUUGUCUUCUUUUAGGAAGCUGGGUGUCAGACAUAGUUUGUUUGUGUGGGUGUGAGUGUGCGUUGUGCGCAUGUGUGUGAGAUUGGGGUCUUCUAUCAAGAACAUAAAGCGCCCUCCCUUCCCCCUACCCGAUUACGAUCGGAUUUGGAAAUUGUAAAAAAAUCUAAACAUGCAAAAUAUCCCUGCUUAAGAGUCUUGAUGGCUAGAUGGAUAGUGAUUAAAAGCAAGUUGGCUUCAUCAAACAGUGAUGUGACUUGUGUGACGUCACUGCGAUUUUGUAGUUGAUCGGUCCGUUACUUAGACCUAAAGGCCCACAAGACCGGCCCCGCAAUAAAAUUCUCUAUACACGUUACUAUAUAUUUUCUAUAAAGAAACUUACUCAUAUGCUAUAUGCUUUUAUUUUCAGACAUUUCGCAUUUAUUUUUAAAAUCAUAUCCUGAUUUGGUCAUAUAGUUUGCGAUGGGAUUUACCUUUAAUUAUUAUAAAAACGAUAAACGAUACUUUCUGGCUCUAGCAAAUCAUAAAAAAGAGCAUACAACAACAUAAUCAGUUCGUUGCAUGAAGCCCUCAUCGGUAAAAGAAAAAAAAUGAAUCAGGCACUGGAUAAUUAAAUUAUAAUUCUCAGUCAGAGACAGUAAUUUGCUUAUGCAUGCUGAUUUAAGAAUUAAUAGAGAAAAAGGACACCCUUUUUUGUAAUCAUUUAGACUAGCUCAAUAUCUCUAAUCGGUAAUUCGUAUGUUGUCUACGUCUCAGUUCUAGGAGCUGAAUUAAUAUCAUGUGUCAAUGACUUAGUUGAAAUGCCACUUAAAAUCGCUUACAAAAUUUCGAUAAACAGUCAUAAUUAUUUUAUUAAUAUUGUACUUCACUUGAUUUUCACUAUUCUGCUUUUAACUGCGAAAAAAAAAUGUAAGUCAAAAUGUCAUCACAUGCGGCGUUUAUAAUGGAAAGCAUUAUUAUAACAUGUGCACCAUCGUUAGUCAUUGCAGAAACAAUGAGAACUGUUUUAAUUAGGAAUUACGAUAAUGUGUAAUAAGCGUCAAUCAGGCGCCAUUAAAUGCCUUCUAGAUGAAUUCACCACGUGACCAAGGUCAACGCACUGAUAUACCAUAAGGAAAGCUACUUAUGUAUACUGUCAUACAAUAUGAUAUGU